CGGAUAUCCGUCGAGUGACCCUUACAAGUCCUUCUUGAUCCUGAAGUGGAGUAGGUGCCGCUGUUGCCGCUGGUGUUGAAUUCAGAACCGUACCGGGACAUGGGGCUGGAGGACGAGCGAAAGAUGUUGACCGGGUCCGGAGAUCCCAAGGAGGAGGAAGAGGAGGAGGAGGAAUUAGUGGAUCCCCUAACAACAGUGAGAGAGCAAUGCGAGCAGCUGGAGAAAUGUGUAAAGGCUCGGGAGCGGCUAGAGCUCUGUGACCAGCGUGUAUCCUCCAGGUCACAGACAGAGGAGGAUUGCACGGAGGAGCUCUUUGACUUCCUGCAUGCAAGGGACCACUGCGUGGCCCACAAACUCUUUAACAGCUUGAAAUAAAUGUGCGUACUUCACCCCAGCCUUCAUCACCUGGGCAUCAGGAUAUUUUGUGGUUUUGACCAUGCCAUUUGUUUCUUAUCUGUGUUAACUGUACAUUCAUGUGAACCUCAUGGAUUUUGGCUUAGGCAAGUACCUUCUAUGUAAUUAGCAGUGAUUCCUCUUAAUAAAGUCCAGUAAUCUGCAGAC